UAAAUCUUAAUUCCUUCAAAAAGAAAAAGCCACGAAGAUUUAGUAUAAAAACAUGUUGAAAAAAACAAUCUACUAAGUCUUGUACUGUGUAGAGAGAAGAAAAUUUUAAUUCGUAAAGGGGAAAGGCAAUAUUCAAAGAUCAUUUGAAAUGAAAUUUCAACAGUGGAGCGUUAUAUUUUUGCUUUCAUCAUUAGUCGGUGUACUAUGUUCAAAUAAACAAGACACAUCAUACGAUGUUAAGGUGAAAUACAGGGCAAUAAUUUUGUCAGAAGAUGAUUUCAGGAAUCUCCUAGAUGAUGUUACAACAGACGAUAGAGUAAACCAACCCUUAGACAUACCUGAUGACGAAUUUAAACAUCAUCUAACAGUGCGAAGACAAAAUCACCAACAAAAGUCGCAUUCACUCAAAAAUUUUAUGUUUCAAGACGAGGAAAAUGAUCCGGGCAUGAAAGCGUGGCGUGGUAAGAAAGAGUUGGAAGAAGGUGGUGUCAAAUCUGGAAAAAAUGGAAACGACGCACGAGGUCCAGAAAGACGUCACCCAGGGCUGCAAGCCUGGAGGGGUAAAAGAAAUAUGAUGGAAACAGUGUGAAAACACACAAUUUAGAUUAUAAAGUAAUUUUAAAUAUAUUUUGAAAUUAAAAAAGAUUUUU